UCAAGAUGGCUGACUCGCUGGGCUCCGCUCACCCCACCGGAGCUGCUCCUGCGGUAGCCGAAACCCCGCUCGUCAAGCCGACCGAGGCGAAAGGAGCCCCCGACAACCGCUCUCAGUCUGCCCUGGAUUUCAACUCGCCGCCGCCGCCCAAGAAGGUCCGAGUCGACGAGCGGAGCGUCAGACCCAAGAAACUCAGCAGGGGAGCGGGAGGCGACGGCGGCGGCGGCGGCGGAGAGAAACUCCAGCAGCCCGCGAAGCAGCAGAGUUCCGGCGGCAGCGCGUGGAGCUUCAGCCCGGGGAAGACGAGCAGUGGCGGCGGAAUCCCGCUGCCCGCUACCGGGGGAUCCCAACCACCGACAAACAUGCACAAAGUCUUCAAACAGAGCGACUUCUUCCUCCACAAAGCGCCUCCCUCCAAACCCAAGAAACCGAGCAAGGACAAACGGCGAGAGAGGGAGAAGGGGACAGGAGGCGCGGAGGAGAAGAAGAAACGUAAAGUGUUGGUGACCUCGGGACCUGCGAGUAACGGCAGUAACAACAACAACAACAACCACAACGACGUCGGCAGAAUUAAUAACAUUUCUGCGGUGAUUAUGGAGAACGGGGAAGCCACGUUGCCUCCAAAAGAGCACUCCGAAGUGGCGAAAGAGAGGAGCGAGGAGAGGGAGAAGACAAAGGUCAAGGACAGAGAGAAAGACAAGGGGAAGAAGAAGCACAAAGCGAUAAACGAGAUCAAGAGGGAGAACGGAGAAGUCAAGCAGCCCAUUAAAGAUGAAAAGGAGAAAGCGAAGCUCAACUCUGAGGAGCUGCAGAUCAAAAAAGCGAAGAAGAAAAAGAAGAAGAAACACAAAGAGGGGGAGAAGCACAAACGAGUGAAGAUGUUCCACCGCUCCUGCCAAACCGUUUGCGCUGGCCUCCUCCUCCUCCCGGCAUCCUCUCCACCCCCCACCUCUUCUUCUGCAUUCUCUGAUCCCACUCAGAACUCCUCCCUGUCUCCGUUUAAGUCCCCGCUGCCGGUUUACCCUCCACCCAACAACAAAACUGCACCUCUCUUACCUUCCUCCCCCCCUCUUGCCCUCAACUCCUCUCCCCUCAACGCCUCUCCCCUCGACUCCUCUCCCCUCGACUCCCCGACCUGUCCGUUGGCCUCCAUGAUGACGUGCAGCAGCCCUGGCGUGGCGAACCUGGAGUUUGCCUCAUACAUCCACAUCGAGAACCAACCUAACGGAGGGGCCCGGGUGGCCCACGCCUACACGUCCCAGCUCUCCUCUCUCUCCACGAGCCAGAGGCAGAGGUUUGCCCAGGAGUUUGUCACCUUGGCUUUCAGUGAGGACUCAUCCCAGGCGGCUCAUUACGUCAUGGGGAUUGUCCACGGGGAAGCCGGCUACCUGCCGGACUUCUUGGACUACUUCUCAACCAAGUUCCCAACAGCUCCAGUCCAAAUGGAAAUACUGGCCAAGAAGGACAUAGAAACCACGACAAUGGCUAAUUUCUACUCUCAGGUGAAGAAGACGUACAGUAACGGGACGUACAGAGCCGGGGCGAUGAGACAGAUCAGCCUGGUGGGAGCCGUGGACGAGGAGGUGGGGGAUUAUUUCCCAGAAUUCCUCGGCAUGCUGGAGGAGUCGCCCUUCCUGAAGCGAACUCUUCCGUGGGGAACGUUCUCCAGUCUGAGGGAGAUGGAUCCCACGGAGAGUGACGACGGUCCUAUAAUGUGGGUCAGACCAGGAGAACAGAUGAUACCGGUCGCUGAUAUACCAAAGUCCCCCUUUAAAAGAAGACGCUCCACCAACGAGGUGAAGAACCUGCUGCAGUCGCUGCCCAGGGCCAGCGAGCCCAGAGAGAUGCUGUUUGAGGACCGCACUCGGGCCCACGCAGAUCACAUCGGUCAGGGCUUUGAACGCCAGACCACGGCAGCGGUGGGGGUGCUGAAGGCCGUGCGGGGUGAAAGUGCGGCGGCUCCUCGUGUAACCAAAGACGUGGUGUGUUUCCAUGCCGGUGAUUUCCCUCACGUGGUUCAGAGGCUGCAGUUGGACCUCUACGAACCUCCGCUGUCUCAGUGUGUGCAGUGGGUCGACGAUGCCAAACUGAACCAGAUGCGUCGCGAGGGAAUCCACUACGCUCGCAUCCGCCUGUGCCACAACGACGUCUACUUCAUCCCUCGCAACGUGGUCCACCAGUUCAAGACGGUGUCGUCUGUCUGCAGCCUGGCGUGGCACGUCCGCUUAAGACAAUACCUCGGUGGAGAGGAGCAAGAAGAGGAGCAGGAGGAGGAGGAGGAGGAGGAGGAGCAGGAGCAGAAGCAGGAGCAGAAGGUUGAGCUGAAAGAGAAGGAGAGGAAAACGGUGGAGGAAAAAGAGGCGGAGAGGAGAAAAAAGAAGAGUGAGAAAGCCGUGAAGGAGAGGAUAAAGGAGGAGGCAGAACACCGGACAUUACCGGCUUUCAAAAAGGAGGAGCGGGAUCGCCGUCCACCCGGCUCGCCUCCGCCGAGCGGCGCUGGAGACGAAGAGGCGGAGGAGGAGAGCGUCGAAGGAGGAGGGAAACACAAAUGGAAGGAUUCGCCUCCCGCAAAGGCGAAGGCGCCACUUCCAGCGCCUCCUCUCUGCAAGAACAAGUCGUCUUCAUCUCUCGCUCCUGCCGCCCAUCCUCCUCAUCAGAACACGAAACCCAAAGCGGCGUCGUCAUCAAAGCACCUUCAUCACCUUCAUCACCAUCACCGCCGUCUGGACGGCAGGGUGACGUCUCCCAGCGCCAAGUCCUUCCCGUCGGCUCCUAAAUCGCCCGUCUCCAAGUCUUCCUCUUCUUCCGCCGCUCCCCGUCCGUCCUCCGCCUAUUCUCCACCUUCCUUCAUCUCCACCUCCGCUCCGUCUUUCCCGACUGGCGCCCGGCCGGCGGCGGACUCUCGUUUCUCUCCCCUCCCUCCUCUGGCCUCUUGGCAGCGUUCCUCUUUUCCGUCCGACCGCCCCGACGACGCGCUCCGCUUCGCCCCGGACGAGCGGACGCGGUCGGACGUCUGGGCGUCGCGCGGGUCGCCCGCCGCGGCCGCGCGGACGGCGCCCGACUCGUGGACGCAAACUCUCCCGGAGCGAUGGAGUCGCGGCGGCGACGAUCCUCAGAGGCGUCCGCCGCGCGACGCGUACAUGCAGCAGUACGCGCCCCGUCACCUCCCGCCUCCUCACAUGCUGCCCGCCUCCUUCUCCUCGUAUCGCGGUCAGACGGCGCCGCCGCUUCACGUGAACCGGCUCCACCUGCGUCGGCCGCACCGACCGAGCGUCGCCGCGCCGCCUCCGGCGUACUACCAGCCUCCCCCGCUUCCACCAAACCCGCUCCCUCCCCACUUCUCCCAACGCCACCAGUUCGCCCCGCACGCCGGCAACACCUUCUUCCCCCCUCGGCAUCCCCACUUGUCUCCUCAUCACUUCCUCCCCCCUCAGUCUUACCUCUCGCAGCCCGCCGGCCCGUACCCGCCGCAACCGCAGUACCAGCCUCAGUCUUUCCCUUACCCGCCGCCGCCUCCUCCUCCUCCUCCUCCCUCCUCGCCACCUCCCCCUCUUCCGCCUCCUCUCCCCCCUCAGCCCUCAGAGGAGCAGAAUCUGAUUUCAUAGAGGGUUUUUUGUACAUAAUGAUGCUGUUUUUCAAAUGACCGUAGAUGUAGACGGUUUGAUUUCGGUCGCGUUGUAAAGAGAAAAUAUCGAGGAAGACGACGCGCGUCGGUAUGAACGCGGUGUCGUAGGUUAUGAAGGAGAGUCUGACUUUAUUCGCCCGCGACCUCUUGACUGGACUGAUUUGUAUUGUACUGAAUGCUUUGGGGGUCAGAAACAUUGAGAACUGCGGUCCGGUUCUGAUUUCCGAAGCGAGUUAUCAGAAGUAGGACGGAAAAAGGUAUUUAUUGUGUCAGAAAUUUAUAUGGAAACGGUCAGACAACGUCCUUUUUGUGAAACCUGCAGCUAAUGCUUCCAUUUCCGUGGCUUUUUUUCUAGUUUUUUUCGAGUGUGUACAGCACACUAUUGAAAUAAUGUAAUAUUUCUACAUUUCCUCUAUGAUAUUGAUACAACUGACAACAACACACUAUGUGGCAGUAUGUUCCCCUGAUAUAGUAUUUUGAGCAAUAUUGCUCUGCAAUAAUCUGCUGAAAUAUGAAUGCAAAAGCAUUUCUCCAUAUCAGUAUUUAGAAUUAAUUUCAAAAAGAUAGAUAAAAAGCCACUCGUGUCCUAUUGGAUCAUUUCCUCUCUUUUCUAAUCAGUCCCAGUGUGUUAUCGUUCCACUCUCAUGCUUGUUUGGUUUAUUUAAAGCUGGAGCCAGCAGGCGGGAGUUUCAUAUCGACAAGUCGUUUCAAUUGAACUUUGUGGGAAAAAUCAAAUAAGCACAUUUCUAGAAAUGCUCCUAAAAAACAUAAACACUCCUUCAAAGUAUAGCGAUUGUUUUGUCCGCGUAGACCUGAACACCGGUGGCAGACACAGGGUUCGUACGGUCAUGGAAAACCUGGAAAAGUCACGGAAUUUUAAAAUGGUCAUUUCCAGGCCUGGAAAAGUCAAGGAAAAAAACUUAAAUCAUAAAAGUUUUGGAAAAGUCAUGGAAAUUUGUUAUAAUCACAUCAUUUUCGCCGAGUUUGAAAUAAUUAAUAUGUUUUUUAAAGAAAGACGCUCAAAAUAUUAGCCGGCGUACGCUCUCAAUCCGCAACAUGUUCUAAAUUGUUCAUGUUUAUACCGAGAUUUCAGUUUGGUCAUGGAAAUUUGGUUUAAAGUCCUGGAAAUCCAUCGGUCAACAUGUGUAAGAGCCCUGGGACCAGCUUCUCCUCAUAAUGGAAACACUUUCUGUCGAGGAGCAAUCGGCAAACAGACCGGCCCUCAGAGUCUCAGGAGAGGACGCCUUCAGGGACACAUUGUCGACUAUAUUUGUCUCCAAAAACAAUCCUGAAUCUUAGUUACCUUUUUUAAGGUUACUGUUCAAUUUGCGUAUUACAUCCGUAACAUCAUAUCAGCACCUAUGCUGCUACACUCGGAGCUUUCCAUGAGUUAACUUCUGGGUAACCGAUGAGCGGAGCAAUAUCCCAAAUGUAACUCAUUACAGCACUGGUCAACAUGGACGUGUGUUUAAAUACAGUUGAUGUCAUUGAAGACACUCAUUUCCGGUUCUUCCGCGUCUAUUAUGUCAUUCAUUCGGGCAUCAGACCUCGGAGAUACAACUGCUUUUAUUCCUUAUUGGACAAAUGCUCCGAGACGCAAAAGGAAUACAUGUCGAGAAUUCCUUCCCAAAGCAUUAUUUAUCUAUUUAACGGAAGUCCAGCCAGGGACUGGAGUGACCUUGUGUUUUUAAAAAAGUACAAUAAAUUAUUGUAAUUCUGUUUCAGCGACCGCUAUGAAUACGUUUCGUGGUAAAUGUCUGAUUUUAGAAUCGAAUCUGUCUCACUUUGACGUUGAAAACCUUUUUUUUUUAUUUAGUCUUGAUUUUACGAUCAACAUCGGAGCCCUCUUGCUCAUGUAGCCCACGACAUUUCCCCAGUGCCUGUCCUUAACUGAACUACUGAAUGGUCCAGAGCCGCGUAGAGAAGGAGUUCUGUCCUUUUAAUGGGAGUUUUAAGAGUCCCAAAUGUGACUUUUUCCUCUGGAAAAUGAGAGCAAAGCCUGAAAUUGGUCUCUGGCGCAAUUGAAAACUCUCCAAAUGUCUGCGGUGUGAGUCGGGAGGCGUCACGCUGAGACCGUAAGAGCAGGGUUGUGCUUGUGAUGGUUAGUUUCACCGCCAGCAUGGAGAAUCUUGGAAAAUGGAACCUAAAACUUCAGCUCCAUUAGUCCGUUUGACUCUCCGCUUCAUCUCCGAGACAGAACUCUUCACCUUGUGGCUUUGAGGAGAGCGAAGUGAUAUUCAGCACUUGAUGCCUGUUGAAAGGCGCUCUGCAGCUCUUUUUAUGCUUUUGGGUUACAGAUGUUACACAAAGAAGAAGAAGAAAAAAACACGACCGGAACGUCGAUAUUUUUUUGUACAAAUGUGACAAAGUGAUGGUUGAAAACAAGUUUUCACGGACCGGUGUUUUAACAGAGUUUAUAUAUCUCAAGAUUUUCUUUUUUAUUUCUGUAGUUUUUAACUGUCAGCACUGGAGUGUACAUAAGACAUUUUGUAAAGAGGAAAAUAACUUGUGGUGUGGUUUCUACUUUAAAUAUGAGCCUAGCUAAUAAAAGGUUCAAUGUAUGGAACAUGUUGUUUGACUUGAUGUGGUGGAAAAAGAUGCUUUUAGGAACGUGGGAAACGGGAUGUCUGAUGUGUAAAGAUACUUGGUCGAGUGUUUAUCCACUAGUGGCGCUAAGGAGCAAUAUCUUUACAAGCGGGCCCCUGAUUUGUAUGCAAGCCGUCGGGUUUUUCAAGCGCCUGGUUCCUUAUUCGGUGUGAAUGGACUCCUCCAAAGACAUUUAAGCAGACGUAAACGUUCCCAAAAGCCUCGAGCCUCUCCUAAUGCCGAAGCCUUUGUGAUGUCAUGGUUUUCUGUGAAAUUCAACAUUUUGACAGGUUGUUUUCAUGAAAUACCGAUUUACAGGGGUCGUACGGUCAUGGAAAAGUCAUGGAAUGGUAAUUUCCAGGCCUGGAAAAGUCAUGGAAAAAACUUAAAUCACAAAAGGUUUGGAAAAGUCAUGGAAAUUUAUUAUAAUCACAUGUUCAUUUACGUCGAGUUUAAAAUAAUUCAUAUGUUUUUGAAAGGAAGACGCUCAAAAAAUAAGCCGGCAUACGCCAAGUCCAAACAGAGUUUUGCACAUAAGGAUAAUAGUUUGAUUAAAAGAAUAAACAUUUAUAUAUAAGUGUUUCUAAGAAUAAACAUGUAUAAAAAUGUUUAUUCUUUUAAUCAAACUAUUGUCACUUAUUUCAUUUAACCCUCCUGUUACCUUUAGGGUCAAUUUGACCCCAUUCAAUGUUUAACGUCGGUGUUCUUUGGGGUCAAUUUGACCCCAAGCUGUUUUUGACUGUCAAACAUAUAAGAAAUAUCAACUUUUUUAUAUAUUUAAAGGGCUAUUUAGGUAGUCAACAAACAAACAUAAAGUACCUCACACUUAAACUUGGGAAACAAUAUUAAUUCUAAUAAUUUUCUGGAGGUUUUAAUUGCUGGGGUCAAAUUGACCCCGAGGGUAAAAUAUGUUAGUAAAUGUGAAGGUAACAGGAGGGUUAAGGUAUAUUGUAUGCUUUGUAAUUCUCCUUGUUUGAAUACUACAUUUAAAAAAAAAAAAAUCAUGUAUACA